AAGUGUCAUCAAAUGCAGGUUAUGUGUAACAUUCCAGCAGUAGACAAUUAUUUAUUUAAUAAAAUGUAAUUAUUGUUACAUAUUCGCGUUAUAUUUUGCAUUUAUAUAUGGCUUUCUGUUUAAAAAAUAAUGGAGAUGACUAUCAACUUGAGUUUUUCAUAGAAGAAUAAAAUGUCACGAUUAGCAGACUAUUUUGUUGUUGUUGGGUAUGAUCAUGAGAAAGAAAGAAGUGGAGUUAGUAAUGGUAUGGUACUACAAAGAUUUCCUGAAAAAGACUGGCCAGACACACCAUUUACGGAUGGUAUUGAAUGGUUUUGUCAGCCACAGGGAUGGAUUCUUUCUAGUGAAAAACAACAGCCUCAGUUUUUUGUAUCAGUGUUAACAGAUAUCUAUGCCAAUAGACAUUACUGUGCAUGUUUAUGUUUCAAUGAAGCAGUAUCUGUUUCUCCUAGUAAACCUGUAGAUGAGGAAGAAGAUCCUAUUGAAGGUGAUGCUCCCAUUGUGAGAACAUUGCCUUCAAUUACACACCAAAGUAUUAUGUAUGCACCAAAAUGUUUAGUUUUAGUUUCAAGACUGGAUUACAUAGAAACGUUUAGGAAUUGUUUAGGCAUAAUAUACACAGUUUACAUAGAAAAUAUUCCGGUUCCAUUGGAAACAUUGAUAGGAAACAUUAUUGGUUGUAUACAAGUACCGCCACCCGGCGGUCCCCAGGUACGUUUUAGCAUUGGAGCUGGCGAUCGGCAAGCCUUACAACCCCCAAUAAGUCCUUCUCUACCUGUUACACAUACCUCAGUUAAUUUGUUGUUUCAUCAAUUAGGGAUCAGAAAUGUGUUGGUAUUGUUUUGUGCCAUAAUGACUGAGCAUAAAAUUUUAUUUCAUUCAAAGAGUUAUAAUCGCCUAACUGAAGCAUGUAGAGCAUUAACAUCGUUGAUGUACCCAUUUCGGUACAAUCAUGUUUAUAUUCCUCUUCUACCAGCUGCUCUUGUUGAGGUCUUGUCUACUCCAACACCUUUUGUAAUAGGUGUACAUUCAUCACUUAGAUCUGAAGUGUCCGACUUGAUGGACGUGAUAGUAGCAGAUUUGGACGGAGGGUCGAUAAAUGUACCAGACGGUGUGUCAUUACCUCUUCUUCCCGAGCCUUUGUUAAGUAACACUCAAGAAGCCCUAAGUUUAAUAUUGCAACCAGAACUUAAUACAGCAGAUCAUGCUUUUCCACCUUUAGCAAUAAGAGCCCCACAGGCGGUGAUGUUGGACAAAGAGAUCAGGGCGGUGUUUAUGCGCAUGUUUGCUCAGUUUUUGCAGGGUUACCGUAGCUGUCUUACCAUUAUCAGGAUACACCCGAAACCGGUCAUAACAUUUCACAAAGCCGCGUUUCUAGAGGAGAGGAAUCUUAUAAAUUGUGACUUUUCCACGAGAAUCUUGGAUUGUAUGUUUUUUACAAGUUUUGUGGCGGAUCGGGGGCCCCCGUGGAGACCGUGUGACGUUUGGGACGAACUUUAUAGUAACUUUAACGAUCUGCUCAAAAUCGAAACUCAAGAUCCCAACAUGUUGCUUGUUCACAUUCAAGAAUUAGCUCAGCAGUUGUAUACGAAUGAAAAUCCGAAUCCUCAGUCUUAUUCUCAAAAAAUAUUAGCGCCUCCCGAAGGCGCUUUUGCUCGUAUACACCAGCCCCCUUUUCCCAUUAUCAAUUCUAGUCAGGUACAGGUCAUUAUCGACGAGGGAUUGACGAAAAAUAAUUUAAAAACUAGGUUGUCUUCUUUGAGGCCUAUACAGCCUCGUAUAGUGUCAAUGGGACCACACAUAUCAACGCUGAAUGAAAAUAAAGAUAUAGUUAGUAAUUCUGCAAGGCGAUUAGAGGUGCUGAGAAAUUGUAUCAAUUGUAUAUUUGAAAACAAGAUUUCAGACGCUCGGAAAACAUUUCCAGCGGUUCUUAGGGCUCUAAAGUCGAAGCAAGCUCGACUUGCCUUGUGCAAUGAACUUGCCCAGCAUGUAAUCGGAAACAAAGCCAUGUUAGAACACCAACAGUUUGAUUUGGUGGCACGGUUAAUGAAUAGGGCUCUACAAGAUGGCUCCUCUAUUUAUGAGCAUGGAGUUGCUGCUGCUCUCUUGCCGCUGGCUUCCGCUUUCUGUCGAAAAUUAUGUACUGGUGUAAUGCAGUUUGCUUAUACAUGCAUUCAGGAACACAGCAUAUGGCAAAAUCAGCAGUUUUGGGAAGCAGCAUUUUAUUUAGACGUUCAAAAAGACAUAAAAGCUCUCUACGUGCCCCGUAUUGAUAAUUCUUCGUCCAGAUUAAGCCACGAUCAUUUGAUGAGUCCCAUGAUAUCACCACGCGAUAAUAGGGAAUUAAGUUGGAGUAACAGGCGUUCCAUGUUGAAUCGAGCACAAGAACCGAGUGCUUUGGAAAUCGCAGCCGAGCAGAUGAGAAUAUGGAAUACAAUAAACUUAGAAAAGCAGAAAGAACUGAUGGCAAGUGAAGAAAGCACUGUGUACAGUCAGGCAAUACAUUAUGCCAACAGGAUGGUCUCUUUGUUGAUUCCAUUGGACUUUAACAGUCGCGUUCACAGGCAGGAUCAGAUGAUUGACGAUGAAAGAGCAAGUACAAGUAUUACAAAUAGUGUAGCUGAAAGCGAUAGUGCUGACGCCGAAUCGGGUUUUGAAGAACAAGAACAGGGAGAGAUGAGUUUGCAAGUAGUGAGAACGGUAACUCGAUUUGUUGAUAAAGUUUGUAAUGAAGGGGGUGUGAACCGGGAUCUCAUAAGGAACCUGCAUCAGAUGAUCCCAGGAGUUAUACAGAUACACAUCGAAACACUGGAAGCAGUUCAUCGUGAAUCUAAACGUUUACCACCAAUACAAAAGCCUAAGAUUUUGGUUCCUAACGUUUUACCUGGGGAAGAGACCUUUUUGGAAGGUAUUAGAGUGUAUCUUUUACCCGACGGUCGAGAAGAAAGUACUUCUGGGAUCCUUGGUGGUCCUCCGCUUGUGCCAGCAGAAGGAGCUGUUUUCGUUACAAAUUACAGAAUUAUUUUCAAAGGACUUCCAUGCGACUCCUUUGCUUGCGAGCAGGCGAUUGUUCGCUCGUUUCCCAUAAUGUCCCUAACAAAAGAAAAGCGCAUUGCAGUUCAAUAUUUGGCUCAUUUAGAUCAAUGGCUGCAGGAAGGCAUACAACUGAGAUCAAGCACCUUUCAGCUCCUUAAGUUGGCAUUCGACGAAGAAGUUACUCCUGAAAUAAUAGAUACAUUGAGGAAGGUUAUACAUAAAGUGAGAUGGCCCCCUGACGUUUUUCUCAACUUCGCAUUCACUGGACAGGUUGUUGUUUCCCAAACACCACACCACAAAGGAAAAGAAAAAAAUGCCACCCUGAGGGGUUUUGCGAAAAAAACACUUCUAAAAACAGCUAGGAAAGCAGGAUUCAAACAAAAGGACAAACGUCAGAAAUAUGUGCUACCGAAUUUGAACGCAAACAGUAGUAAUAAAUAUUUGACGUCACCGGGACGUAUGAGUUUGCCGCCCCCUGACGAUUUUAGUCAUGAUGAUGAUCUUUCAUUAGACGAUUUCGAGGCUACAGGACCAACACCAUCUUCUAUUCUUAAUGUUCCUGCCGCACAAACGGAUGCCAAAACACUCGAGCGUCUGGUAGAACGAAGUUAUGUCAAAGAUUGGCAAAGACUGGGCUUAUGUAGUCCUACAGGAUCGCCGAAUUCUAAACAAAAUAGAACUGAACAGUUCAGGUUAACUACCGUUAACACUCUUUAUAUGAUGUGUAGGAGUUAUCCUGCUUUACUUGUCGUUCCUGCCACAAUUACUGACGAAAGUAUAAGGAGAUUCUGUAGAUGUUAUAGACAGGGUAGGAUCCCUUGUAUAACGUGGCGUCACCCUAGAACGAAGGCGUUGCUGCUUAGAGGGGCUGGACAUCACGGUAAAAGUGUAAUGGGAAUGCUAAAGAGUCACCCCACCCCCGUUUCUUCCACUGAAACUACAUCUUCCCUGGAACAAGAACGAUAUUUAUCAGCCUUGGUAGCAGCUACACCUAUUUUCUCUUUAAGACAAAGUUCAGCAUGGGGCAUGUCUGAUAGUACUUUGAGUAUUGAUUCGCUUCUUUUGGCAGCCGAAGAUCCCUUAAUAACAGCCACUCUAACUCCUGAAGUUGCUAGAAAGUCUAAUGCUUUCAACAAAGCCAUCGGAACAUUGGGUGUAUUUCCCCGUUCUAGUGGCGGUAAAGGUCCCAAAAACUUUGGCAGAUGGGGUUCUCUUAAAGACAGGCGCCAGAGUUCGCAAGCUUCGCUCAGCAACAUGAAUCAAAGUAGAGGAAAUAUAAGACAUUCAACCGACUGUGACAGUGGUGCUGAAGGAGUCCACACGUUCCAACGGGCUGCUUUGUAUAUUUUAGGCGAAAAGGCUCAAAUGAAAGGUGUGAAAAUAGAAUCUUCUCCAAAAACAGACUUUAUACCGGUGGAAUAUUUUGACGUUCGACACACUAAAGCAGCAUUUAAAAAGCUUAUGCGUGCUUGUGUACCCAGUGCCCAAAGCCCCGAACCGGACCAAACGUUUUUCAAACUUGUGGAAAAUUCUGAGUGGCUACAACAGAUUCAGAACAUAAUGCAACUGUCAGGAGCUGUUGUUGAUCUCUUGGAUUUACAAGGUUCUAGUGUUGCUAUUUGUCUUGAGGAUGGAUGGGAUAUUACUGCUCAAAUUUCAUCUGUAGCACAAUUGUGCCUUGAUCCUUAUUACAGGACUAUUGAAGGGUUUCGUGUUCUAGUAGAAAAGGAAUGGAUAGGUUUUGGACAUCGUUUCAGUCACAGAAGUACCUUCAGUCCUAGCUCACAAGCCAGCGGAUUUGCUCCAACUUUUUUGCAAUUUUUGGAUGUCGUACAUCAAAUUCAAAAACAGUUUCCUAUGGCUUUCGAAUUCAACGACUAUUACCUCCGUUUUUUGGCAUACCAUCUAGUUUCUUGUCGUUUUCGAACGUUCCUUUUUGAUUGUGAACUGGAAAGGGUAGAAAGAGGAGUAGCGGCUAUUGAAGACAAGAGGGGCUCUCUAACAUCACAUCACAAGAGCGUUGACACAGGUUCAGAUGACGAAACUGUUUAUCCUGGUGGUAGAAUGGUUGGAACUCAUUCCGGAGGCACAAAUUUAGGACAAAGUGUUUUUGACUAUAUUGAAAAACAGAAUGCGAGAAGCCCCCUCUUCUUUAAUUUCAUGUACACUCCCGACUUUGAACAUCCUGUUUUAAGACCGCAGUCCCAUUUACCCAUACUUGAAGUGUGGGACUAUUAUUUGGUCGAAGAACUUAAACACGGUCCCACUUAUGAUUUAGAAAUCUUCCAAAUGGAUCUUCAACAGGAAGAAGAAGCCGAUGUUACCAUAGGAAUGAGCAUGAAAACUUGCAGAAAAACAGUUACUUUAGGGUACGACGCUGUGAAUAAAAGUGUACCGGAUGCAUUUAGCCAUUUAUUAGAGGAGAUUCACCGACUUGAAACAGAAUUAGGACAUCUUCCACAGAAGUGGAAAGUACUUUGGGACAAAUUGGAAGUUCCUUCUACGGAUUCUUUAACGCGACAUGCUUCGUUUAGUACCGCACUAGUAAGAUCGCACGGACGUCUCUUGCACAAACGUUCUACUCUCGAAAUAUUAAUGCGAGGAAAAAUGGUUGGAGCUGCUGAAUCAUCCCUCGUCUAUUCACACCCCCAUCGUUUUGAUCGAUACAAUUACACAACACCUACUUAUUGUGAUCUCUGUUCAAACGUUCUCUGGGGACCCGUCAAGACUGGAAUGCGUUGCAUGGAUUGCGGGUAUAGUUGUCAUGAAAAAUGUAUGGAGGGAGUGCCGAAAAAUUGCACGAAAUACAAGGUAGUAGCAGAUGGCAAUGUUAAUCAAACAUUGACGAGAAGUGGAGGGGAUAAUGGGUCAGUUAGUUCAGGUAGCGCCAGACAAACGUCAAAUCAGCAAUAUUACGAACAAUUUUCAUCGAACGUUGCUGAGAACAAAACACACGAGGGUUACCUAUAUAAGAGAGGUGCUCUAUUGAAGGGGUGGAAGCAAAGGUGGUUUGUUUUGGACUCAAUAAAGCACCAACUGAGAUAUUAUGAUGCAAUGGAAGACUCGCACUGUAAAGGUUUCAUAGAUCUGGCUGAGGUAAUGUCUGUUACUCAAGCUCUUCCAACACCGGGGCCUCCAAAAAAAACCGAUGACAAGUCAUUUUUUGAUCUCCGUACAAGCCGCAGAACUUAUAAUUUCUGCGCCGAUAACGCGUUAGCGGCACAGGAAUGGAUAGAAAAACUGCAAGCCUGUUUGCAAUAAUUGCGUUAUACAAAAGACAUAAAAAAUAGGUAAUAUUAUUAAUAAAUGUUAUACAUAAAUAUAUAAAUAU